AUGGGUGGCCUCGUCUCGGCAAUGCAAUGGUUUGCACUCUUGGCCAAGCUUGCCCUGCCACUUUCACGGUGGUAUGGGAACUUCUACAUUGUUGUCCUUGCCAUUCUCUUGUGGUACAAAACCCACGUCUUCACUUACACCAUCGAUGCGGUUGCAGAGGAGGCUGUGGUGCUCUUCUUCUUUGCCGUGCUACUCCACUCGCGUUUGGCCUUGUUGGGUCGUGGUUACGGGACCAAGCGUGCGUCCAUCUUGAUGCUGGUGACCUGGCUGGGCCCCGUGGUGGCCUUUAUCUAUGGCUUUCAUCUCAGCUACCAGGUCUAUGUCCUACAGCUUGAUGUGAUCUUGGCCUCCGUGGGUCUCGGCAGUCUGAUGUUGGAGGCUGUGCUGAUUGCAGUUCUGGGUCUGGUGCUGGCAGACAACCUGGCAGAGCGUUUGGUGCUACUCCUGGGCAGCGGCGCCACAGUGGCUGCGGGAGUUGUGCUGGGUCUGUUACAUUUGUCCUUGGAGUCAAGCACUGCAUUUCCUGAUCAAGACCAACCCACCACGGUGAGCAUGCGAUGA